AUGAUCUUCUUGUCUCUUUACUUGCCGCCAUCUUCUCUGCAUGCACAGCAGAUCGAACCAAGAAUUGCAAACAUCAUUCUUCUUUCCAAUUACUUGGAGAUGUCGGGCUCAGAGAGAAAACAACAAACAGCGUCCCGCGCCCCGGCCCGACCGCCGCAGCCACCCACACGCCGCUCCCGACUACUUCCUUUGGUCGCGACAUCUUUGUUUCUCCUAGCGACCAGCUUCUACUCGUCCUCAAUUUACCAUUACAAUCAGCCUACCGGAUUUCAAAAGGUUCAACAAUGCGCCAUUGAUAAUCUGAAAUCCGACUUGUCGUUUCUCAACUCCGCUGUACCCAUUGCCGCAGAUGAGUUCAUCGAGCGAAGGGAUCGUCUUGCGAAGGCCUUGGCAGCAUCCAACAUCGACGCCUUUGCCCUCGAGCCCGGUUACACCUUUCAGUACUAUGGUAAUAUAUCUCAAGUCGACUGGGAGCCCUGGGAGCCUGAGGAACGGCCGUUCCUCAUGUUGGUCAUGCCCCAGACGUUGCCGUCCGGUGAAAUUACCGGUAAGACUGCGUUCUUGUCACCUCACUUUGAGGAGGGCCGCGUACGCAUGCUCGGUAUCCCUUCCAGAGACGAGGAGCUAGACAUUGUCAUCUGGGAGGAGCACUGGAACCCGUACAGCACGCUGCUCAAGUCACGUCUUUUCGACGGCCGCAAGGCUAAAAUUAUGGUCGAUGAAGAGAUGCGCGACUUUAUUGUCCGCGGCUUGGAUUCUGUCGGCUUUGAGACCGUCGGUCUGAACCCCGAAGUGGAGCUUGUGCGCCAACAGAAAAGCCCCGCCGAAGUGGAGCUCCUCCGCGCCGUGAACACCGGGACUGUUGUUGCCGUCCGGGCCAUGCGGCCUUGUCUGGUCCCUGGCCUCACCGAAAAUGAUGUGACAGACAUCUUGAACAAUGCCUUGCUCUCUAUCGACUUCUCUUUAUUCUUCAACAUCGUCUUGUUCGAAGAACAUGGGGCAUUGCCACAUGGUGGCUUCGUUACUGGGUGGAAGAAGCUGACACCCGAGAGCAUGGUGGUCAUAGACGUCGGUGCCCAUUACUUGGGGUACAGUUCAGACAUUUGUCGAAGUUUCUUCAUUGACCCGCCGGAGACUCGCUGCAACAGCGCAAUUGGCAAGCUUCUAAGAUGGUUUGGAUCUGGGAAGUCGUACUCCGCAACGCACGAGAAUAAGGGGGACUCAGAGCUCCGCGCUGAGAAAUUGAAGGUCUGGGACAUUGUUUUGGAUGCCCAAACUGCGGCUGCUUCAGCUUUCAAGCCCAACAACACGGCAGCUAGUGUGGACAUUGCCGCUCGUCAAGUUAUCGAAAACGCAGGCUACGGGUACGGCUUUACUCACCGCUUAGGCCACGGCAUCGGAAUCAAAGCACAUGAGUCUCCAUACUUGAACAAGUGGAAUAAGGAUGUGCUACUGCAGCCAGGCAUGACUUUUACAAAUGAGCCAGGCAUCUAUCUCGAGAACCGAUUCGGAGUACGACAUGAGGAUAUCUAUCUGGUUAGAGAGUCGGGCGAGGCAGAGCUUCUUACUGGACGCAGAGCCACAGGUCCCUACGAUCCAUGA